AUGGCUACGAAUGGAGAUUUCUCCGACGAGAGCCAGCCCGGCUCGCCCAUUUUGGACGGCAACAAUGCCCAAGACUUCGACGACCAAGAGCCCCUCGACAAGCCCGUCAAGUCUUCCAUGAAGAAGACCGAGGCUGCGCCCCAGAAGCAGCGCCCUGAGCUGCCCGAGCAGCCCGAACCCAGCGCCCUGGACCUGUCAAAAUUGACUCCUCUGUCGCCUGAAAUCAUUGCUCGCCAAGCCACCAUCAACAUCGGUACAAUCGGUCACGUCGCCCACGGAAAGAGUACAGUUGUCAAGGCCCUGUCAACUGUGCAGACUGUCAGAUUCAAGAACGAAUUGGAGCGGAACAUUACCAUCAAGCUCGGUUACGCCAACGCCAAGGUCUACAAGUGUGACAACCCUGCUUGCCCCCGGCCAACCUGCUACAGGAGUUACGGUAGUGAGAAGGAGGUUGACCCGCCUUGCGAGCGCGAGGGUUGCGAGGGCCGUUACAGAUUGGAGCGCCAUGUGUCUUUCGUUGACUGCCCUGGUCACGAUAUUCUCAUGUCUACCAUGUUGUCUGGUGCCGCCGUCAUGGACGCUGCUCUGCUUCUGAUUGCCGGAAACGAAACCUGCCCCCAGCCGCAAACCUCCGAGCACUUGGCUGCUAUUGAGAUCAUGAAGCUCAACCACAUCGUUAUUCUGCAGAACAAGGUCGAUUUGAUGCGCGAGGAGGGUGCUCUGCAGCACUACCAGUCUAUUCUGAAGUUCAUCCGUGGUACUGUCGCCGAUGGCUCGCCUAUCAUUCCCAUUUCUGCCCAGUUAAAGUACAACGUCGAUGCCGUCUGCGAGGCCCUAAUCUCCCGCAUCCCCGUUCCCGUGCGCGACUUUACUGCUCAGCCCCACAUGAUGGUCAUUCGUUCUUUCGACGUGAACAAGCCCGGUGCCGAGAUCGAUGAGCUCAAGGGAGGUGUUGCUGGUGGUUCGAUCUUGAACGGAGUCAUCAAGCUGCAAGACGAGAUUGAAAUUCGUCCUGGUCUCGUUACCAAGGAUGCGGAUGGAAAGGUUCAGUGCCGUCCCAUCUACUCUCGCAUCGAGUCUCUCUUCGCCGAGCAGAACCCUCUCAAGCUCGCCGUUCCUGGUGGUCUUAUCGGUGUUGGAACCCUCAUCGACCCCACUCUGUGCCGUGCUGAUCGUCUCGUUGGUUUCGUCCUGGGUCACCGUGGUCAAUUGCCUUCUAUCUACACUGAGAUUGAAGUCAACUACUUCUUGCUCCGUCGUCUGCUGGGUGCCAAGGUUGCCAAGCUUGCUAAGAACGAGGUGCUGAUGGUUAACAUUGGUUCUUCGGCCGCCGGAGCUCGUGUCCUCGGUGUCAAGGCUGAUGCCGCCAAACUUGCCCUGACUAGCCCCGCAUGCACAGAAAUCGGCGAGAAGAUCGCCAUUAGCCGAAGAAUCGACAAGCACUGGCGUCUGAUUGGAUGGGCUAACAUCGUUGCCGGUAACAUCCUGGAGCCCGUUCAGCAGUAA